UAUGAGGCUUGCUUGAAUGGCCUGAUUGGCUGGCAGCGCCGGGAUUAUGCUGACGUGUGUCCAGCAUGACUCCGCUGGACCUGUGGCUCUCGCGCUCUAUCCCCAUGUGCCUCCUGCUGCAGAGCCUGGUGCUCAUGGCUCUCUGCUUUCCAUCGGCCAGCAUGUGCCCCAAAGGGUGUGUGUGCCAGCGGGCCGAAUACCCACCGUACGGUCUAAAUGUUACCUGCAGCCAGGCACGGUUAAAGGAGAUCCCGUCAGACCUUCCUGCAGAUACGGUCCUACUCCAGCUGGACCGUAACCACAUUCAGGCCGUGCCUGAACGUGCCUUCCAGGACCUAAGAAUGCUGCGCAGGCUCAACUUGUCCCAUAAUGCAGUGGAGACGCUGGGAGAGAGUGCCUUUGUCGGCCUGGAGGGUUCACUGGAGCUGCUUGACCUGUCACAUAACCGUAUAGUUAGCGUGCACAAGGAUGCAUUUGCGAGGCUAAAAGCACGUGUGCUGGUGCAUGACAACCCAUGGCACUGCGACUGUGCUCUGCAGCAGGCACUUGGUGGCAUGGCGCAUAAUCAUGAGGCAGCGGCCCGCGUGCUGUGCCGCAGCUCGGAGCUGAGGGACCAAGAGGGACGACCGUUCCUAGCUGUGGAUGCAGAUUUGUGCAAUCUGGCCAGACGAACCACUGACUACGCCAUGCUGGUGACCAUGUUCGGUUGGUUCGCCAUGGUCAUCUCUUAUGUGGUCUACUACGUCAGGCAAAACCAAGAAGAUGCACGGCGGCACUUGGAGUAUCUUAAGUCACUACCAAGCAAACCCAGGAAGCCAGAUGAACCAGAGGACAUCAGUACCGUGAUGUGAAGGCAUUGUUUUUGCCAAUAAUGCCUUGACUUAGUGGGCAUAAAAAGACUAAAGAAGCCAGCAAUGGAUUUCUGAGAGCAAUUUUGUCUUACUAAAACUGAU